AUGCCGUCCGUCUGCCUCGUCAUCGGCAUGGCCGGGUGCGGGAAGACGUCGCUCAUGCAGCGCGUGAAUGCCUACCUGCAUUCGCGCGAGGCGCCGCCGUACGUCAUCAAUCUAGACCCCGCGGUGACUAACCUCCCGUACGACGCCAACGUGGACAUCCGCGACACGGUGAACUACAAGGCGGUGAUGAAAGAGUAUAACCUCGGGCCGAACGGCGCGAUCUUGACCGCGGCGAACCUGUUCGCGACGCGGUUCGACCAGGUCGUGAACCUGUGCGAGCGGAGGGCGAAAGAGAUCGAUCAUAUUUUCGUGGACACGCCCGGGCAGAUCGAGAUCUUCACGUGGAGCGCGAGCGGCGCCAUCGUCUCCGAGACGUUUGCGUCGGCGUUCCCCACGUGCAUCCUCUACGUGAUGGACACCGUGCGGUCGCAGGACCCGCAGUGCUUCAUGUCCAACAUGUUACAGGCGGUCAGCAUCCUGUACAAAUUCAGGCUGCCGAUGGUGCUGGUGUUCAACAAGAUCGACGUCGUGCGGCACGAGACGCAGGCGGAGUGGAUGACGGAUUUCGAAAAGUUUCACGCGGUGCUCGACGAGAACCCGACCUUCGCGUCAGAUCUCUCGCGGUCCAUGUCGCUCGUGCUCGACGAGUUCUACAAACACCUGCGCGUCGCGGGCGUGAGCGCGAUGACCGGGGAGGGCAUGGAGGGUCUGUUCGAGCAGAUCGAGCGGUCGCGGAAGGAGUACCUCGCGGAGUACCUCCCCGAGCUGAACGCGAAGAAGGAGGAGAACAGGGUCAGGGAGGAGACGCGACGCGCGGAGGCGUUGGAGAAGUUGCGGCGAGACGCGGAGGACGGCGGAGGCGGCGGCGGGGGGGGGCGAGGGGAGACGGUGGUGAUGGACAUGAAGAGGGACGUGAAGAGGGAGGGGAGCGGGGGUGAGGAGGGCGAGGAGGGCGGAGAAGAGGACGACGAAGACGCGUGA